AACCCUGGUAGUACAUAACACAUCGUGCGAUGUUAAACAUGGCAGCCUCUGCCGGGUCGCGAUCUUCCACGAGUAACAGCACUGGUAUGGAGGGUUUCCCUUUCCCCGUGGUUAAAAGACCAACUGAGGACAGUACGAGUAAAGAUCAGACCACUGCCGGAGAACCGAAAAAGAAACCGUGCCGAGCCUGUACGGAUUUUAAAUCAUGGAUGAAGUUGCAGAAACAGACGUCCUCAGUCUCAGUGCAGGAGAGCAAGGCGGUGGAGGAAACUAAGCCUAUUGAAUGCCCUCUGGACAGAGAGGAACUGGGCAGGAGCUCAUGGUCUUUUCUUCACACUAUGGCUGCAUAUUAUCCAGACACGCCAACCACAGAACAACAGGGGGAGAUGACGCAGUUCAUCAACCUCUUCUCAAAGGUUUUCCCGUGUGAUGAAUGUGCAGAGGACCUGAGAUCAAGAUUGAAAUCAAAUCAACCAGACGCUAGCAGCCGGCACAAUCUCUCUCAGUGGCUGUGUCGCCUCCAUAAUGACAUCAACACCCGGUUAGGCAAGCCGGAGUUUGACUGCAGCAGGGUGGAUGAGCGAUGGCGAGAUGGCUGGAAAGAUGGUUCUUGUGACUGAAAAUCUCCAACACAGUCAUGAACUAAAUAUAGUCACAUACUGA